AUGAUGCUAGGUUCGUCUUUUGAGAGAAUUUUAGCUCUAAAACACUUAACCAUUUCCGUGCAUAUACUUCUCUCUAGAACCAUAAUCCUCAAAGUACUAUCAAUUCUUUCACUGAAUACAAACUAUGCUUCGUUGGUUAGCUGCUUAGAAUCUAUAGGAUUGUCGGAUAUAACGAAAGUGGUCCGUUUAAUGACUUUGACUGCUAUGAACCGUGUUGAAAUUAAUAAUAUAAAAAGUAGCGAAGACUUUCCAACCUUCCAACUGCCUAAGGCAUUCUCUCAACUAAUAACUAACUUAUCUAGCGCCGCCAGCAGCUGUUUGAGCUACCUAAGUGUCAGCAUUGCAGCUCUUGCUCAAAACGAGAUCAGUUCCUCGAACUUGGUGGUAAAUAUGUGUACGAAAGAUCUUAUAAUGUACGCUCUUGGAUAUUCCGCACCGAAACCAGGCUAUGCCGUAACUCAAGCUUUGGUAAAUAUACUAUCUACACACGGUGGCUGUUCUUUGAUGGAUAUACCUAAAGAAGAAAUUGCGCAAAGUUCUCAAUCGGAAGCUAAAGCUAUUGGGCCUCUUACUUUGGUUAACGCAUUGUCUGCUUUUAUAUUGUCCAAUAAAAGUUGCCAUAACAGUAAAUUAUGGGCUGCGCAGCAGUUGUUCAAGUGUCUUGCCACCAAAAUUCAAAUGAUGAGUGGAAGUAGUUCUGAUCAAGUAAAUUACGCUGACUUAUCCAGUUUCAUGCCCAAACAAACUUCCGUAUAUAUGGAAGCACACGAAAACAGAGUAUCAUGCCUUGCUUGGCAUGAACAAUGUCAGCUAUUAGCUUCAUGUGGGUAUGAUGGAACCGUCAGGUUAUGGACCGUUGAACCUAAAAAGACACCGGUUCUGGAUUCUACUCUAGUAUUUCAUAUGUCUACAGAUGUUUUCGGAAAUGAGUUACUAGGCCAUCUAAUUGGUCAUCUAGAAUGGUCGCCGACGGGCUUGUAUAUUGCAGCUGCUCUUAACAAUAUCAUCAAUAUUUGGCCUUUGAAAAAAUCCGAAAAUACCAAUAGUUAUAGCGAUUGGUUCAUUGAUGAUCAAAAAGAUUUUAUACUUCAAAUGAAGUGGCCCAAACAUAAAGGGAAGCAUCAACAGGAUAAAGAUUAUCUAUUGGUUGGAAAACUUCACGGUUCAGUGUCUUUGAUUACAUUAACUGAAGGUAAUAAGCAGGUGGAAGAACUUCAAAACUUCUCGAUGCCUGUAGCUGUUGGUCACAUUGACUGGCAUCAAGAAGACGGACCGUUUGCAGUUGCUUACCUUGAUGGAACAAUAAAGCUAGGUUGGAUUGAAAAAGAGUCUCAUAUAAUCGCUUGCAAAGCCCACGAGAAUGGCAUCAAUAAUAUAAAAUGGGAUCCCAGAGGCAUUCUUCUCGCUUCCAUUUCUCCUGACAAUACCUGUAAAAUAUGGAAAAUAUCCGACGACGACAAACUUGUUCUUUUACAUAUGUUAAUUGUUUCUCAUAAACCUACUAGUCUGCUUUGGUCUCCUCUGGUCGGCGAAGGUCCGAUGCCUUUGCUUAUAGCUAUUGGUACUGAUUACGGUACCGUGAAUGUCUGGAAGUUGCCAAACGAAGAAAACAAACAUAACAAAGUUCCUGUACUGGUCAUGAAUGCUCAAGGCCAUCCUAACAAUAGCGUUUCUAGUCUCAGUAUAGAUAAAACCGGUUUGUUGCUUGCAAGUGGUUGUCUAGAAGGGCUCGUUGGAGUCGUGAAUAUUUGGUCCCUACAUGACGGAAGUCUUGUACACACUCUCACAGGAAAUGGAGGCGUUUACGCCAAUGGCAUGUGCUGGUUAGACCCAAACCACUACCUCUCAGUAGCCUUCAGCAGAUCAAAAACAUUUUACAUACUUAACUAUAGCCCUCAGGACCUUAUGAAGAAUCUUCCCCUUGCAUCGGUAAGAUGUACGCUGAUGAAAAAAGGAGUCCGUGGACUGAAAUCGGCUCCGUACUUUAAAAUUUUUGCAGACUUACUACCUACAAUGCUUCGCGAUCAAUAUAACACCGAGAAACUCACCGUUCAAACGGGGGCACAUCUUAUGCAUUCAGUUUAUCUGAAAAGUUUAGCUUCGGUGGCACUUUUGUUGGACUUGGACAAAGUUGUUUGCUACAAAAUACGUCCAUUUAACAACAAGAUUGAUUCUGAAAUUAUUCCAGAUAUGUUUUGGUUGCAUACGUUCAGUUUAGCUACCAAAAUGGCCGAUAAUUUGAUCAAGAGAACUGAGUUAAGUGAAGAAGUUAUUAAUUUGAGUAAAAUUUUGGACGAAGAUGUCCAACCGUCUGCGAUACAAAAUUUGGUUUGGAGUUUGAAGCAAGACGAACAGAUAAUGCAAUGGUCAGCUCAGAGGCCACAGGAUUGGCAGUUUGGUGGUAAAUGCAAAGCCUAUCUAUGGGGUUCAGAUCGUCACGGUCAGCUAGCAGAACUAGGCUACAGUGCAUCCAUUCCUGCACAAGUAGAAUCAUUUGCGAUUGCCAGAAAGAUUGUCUGCGGUCAAAACUGUACUUUCGUCAUCGAGGCCAACGGAACAGUUUUGGCGUGCGGUGAAGGCAGCUACGGACGACUAGGACAGGGUAAUUCAGACGAUUUGCAUUCGUUGAGCGUUAUUUCCAGUUUACAAGGUUUCGUUAUUGUGGACUUAGCUACGAGCGUCGGUUCUGAUGGACACAGCUUGGCUUUGGCUGAGAGUGGAGAAGUUUUCUCUUGGGGAGACGGUGAUUAUGGAAAAUUGGGUCAUGGUAACAGCGACCGACAACGAAGACCACGCCAAAUCGAGGUUCUUCAAUUCGAAGAAGUUGUGCAAGUGGCGUGCGGCUUCAAACACAGCGCCGUGGUUACACGAGAUGGGAAACUCUUCACUUUCGGCAACGGAGAUUACGGUAGACUAGGCUUAGGUUCAACGUCUAAUAAAAAAUUGCCAGAGAGAGUAACCGCUUUAGAGGGAUACAAAAUUGGGCAAGUAGCUUGUGGAUUGAACCACACUGCUUGCUUGUCUGCUGACGGGUUAAGCGUUUGGACGUUUGGUGAGGGUGAUUAUGGGAAGUUAGGUUUGGGACAUGUUAUUACAAAGUCGAUUCCUCAACUAGUGGAAACGAUGUGCAAUGUGGGAGUUAAAAAGGUCGGAUGUGGAACUCACCUCACCGUUUUUCUCACGAAUUCUGGACACAUCUACGUAUGUGGUGUCGAUAGAGUUCCUUGGCAAACGCAUCUUAGAGAACGAUCAGAUUGUCGGCCUUACCAGCUCUCUGGUCUGUCUGAGUAUUUUAUCGAAGAUUUUGCCGUCGGAACCGAACAUUGUCUCUUCUUAAGCAGUUGUGGCAAAGUGUUUGGGUGGGGAAUGAACACCGAAGGCCAACUGGGAUUACCUCAUGUUUCCCUCGUCAGAGAACCGGAAAUAAUAGGCGAACUUUCCAAUAAGGGCAUCAAACAAAUUUCCACCGGAAGGACCCACAGUGCUGCUUGGACGUCGAUUCCGCCUCCAGUAAAGUCACCAAGAUACACAAAUUGUUUAAGCUUUGGCCUGCCAUCAGAAAUCCCUCCGCAAUACGAUCACCUUCAAGGACUCUCCAUAAAAUCUAUUCAAUCGAGGUUGAAAUUUUUAUACAAUUUCUCGGAUAAACUAUAUUCUUGUUGGACUUUAAUGCCAUUGAGUGCUCAACAGAAUGAUUUACAAAUUCCACCUUUGGAGGGACUAGUUUCUCCCAAGCUUAGGACAUUACUGGCACCCAGAGUUUACACUUUACCGUUUGUCCGAUGUAUAGGUAAAACUAUGGUGCAAGGAAAGAAUUAUGGACCACAAAUAACAGUGAGAAGGAUAUCUCAAGAAGGUCGCAAAUGUAAACCAAUAUUCGUUCAAAUAGCUAAACAAGUCGUCGAUAUAAUGCCAAACGAAAUGAGACUGCCAUCUAGAGCUUGGAAGGUAAAAUUAGUUGGGGAAGGCGCCGAUGAUGCAGGAGGUGUUUUUGACGAUACCAUUACGGAGAUGUGCCAGGAAAUUACCUCUGGAGUUGUCCCGUUACUAAUACCUACCCCAAAUGCUGUAAAUGACGAGGGAUAUAACAGGGAUAAAUUUCUCCUUAAUCCUCAUUUGAACUCACCGCAAAAUAUGUCGUGGUUUAAGUUUUUAGGUAUAUUAUUUGGUGUGGCAAUCCGCACUAGAAAACCAUUAGCUCUACCUAUAGCACCAAUGAUAUGGAAACUGAUAGUUGGGGAGCCUUUAACAGUGGAAGAUUUAGAGGAUACAGAUUGUAUGUACAUUCAAAGCCUUAGAAGUAUUCGUGAUAUUCACCUUUCUGGUGUGACUGCCGAAUAUUUUCACGAUAUAAUUCCAUUGGAAUGCUUUGAGGGCAGGAGUUGUACAGGGAAGGUUGUUCCGAUAGUGCACGGUGGUCGCAACAUUCCAUUGACGUUCGAAAAUAGAACGCAAUACUACGAGCAGGCUGUGAAAUUUAGAAUGCAAGAGUUUGACAUGCAAAUAGCCGCCAUUCGAGAAGGAAUGGCGGGCAUAAUACCGGUUCCGCUUCUGUCUUUAGUCACUGCCGAUUAUAUGGAACAAUUGGUAUGCGGCAUGUCUCACAUUUCGAUUUCUAUUUUGAAAAAAAUUGUUAGAUAUCGUGAAUUAGACGAAAAUCAUCAACUAGUGCAAUGGCUGUGGAAUAUUUUAGAAAACUUUACAGAUAAUGAAAGAGUUUUAUUUAUGCGUUUUGUAUCUGGUAGAUCAAGACUACCAGCUAAUUUGGCUGAUUUAUCUCAGAGGUUCCAGGUUAUGAAGGUGGAUAAAGCACCAAACGGUUUACCAACAGCGCAAACAUGCUUCUUUCAACUUCGUUUGCCCCCAUACAACAGUCAAGAAAUAAUGGCUGAGAAGUUGAGAUACUCUAUUAAUAACUGCAAAUCCAUCGAUAUGGACAAUUACAUGCUGGCCAGAAACACUGAUCAAGGAAUCGGCUCUGAUGAUGAAUGGAACUGA